UAUAUUAUUUCAUUAUUUAUUAUUCAGUGCUAAAAUCACUUCAUGAAAAAUGAUUCUAUGUUUUUUCUGUUGGAUACCGAUACUUCCUAUUGUUUCAUCUGAAUUGAAAAAUAACGGUACCAUACCGAAAGACUUCAUAUUCGGUUCUUCGACGUCUGCAUACCAGAGCGAAGGAGCUUGGAAUGUCGAUGGUAAAGGUGAAAGUAUUUGGGAUAAUUUUACGCACAGAGUGCCGUCUCCAAUAUUAAAUGGAGAUACAGGUGAUAUUGCUGCAAAUUCUUACUAUAAAUAUAAAGAAGAUAUUCGACUUGCAGCUGACCUUGGUCUUAAUGUUUACAGAUUUUCUAUUUCUUGGACAAGGAUUCUUCCCACUGGAUAUUCUAAUGAAAUCAACCAAAGAGGUCUUAAUCAUUACAAAGAAGUCAUACAAGAAAUUUUGAGAUACAAUAUGACUCCCGUGGUAACUUUGUAUCACUGGGAUCUUCCACAGCGGCUUUUCAAUGAUGGUAUUCACUGGACAAAUGUGAGUUUAGUAGAACAUUUCGUGAACUAUGCCAGAAUUGUUAUUAAUCACUUACCGGAAGUUGGAAUAUGGUUAACACUCAACGAACCCAAACAAAUCUGUCGAUUGGGUUAUGGAAUUGGUGUUAACGCACCAGGUAUACGCGGAGAUGGAACACUGGAAUAUCAGUGCGCGUACGUGGUUGCCAAAGUACACGCUGCAGUUUAUCACAUGUAUAAAGAAGAUUUUCCAAAUUAUAAAGCAAAAAUGUCAUUAUCCAUAGACUGUCAAUGGAUAUCACCAUUAACGGAUUCAAGCAAUGAUAUAGCAGCGGCAGAAAGACAAAUAAACUUUGAGUGUGGCAUGUAUUUUCACCCAAUUUUUAAAGGUGAUUGGCCAGAAAUAUUAAAAUUGAGGAUCAAAGAGAGAAGCGAAGCGGAAAAUUUAAAUAAAUCGAGGCUUCCUGAAUUUACGGAAGCAGAAAUGAAUUAUAUAAAUGGUACCUACGAUUUUAUGGCAUUGAAUCAUUAUUAUACUACAUUUACAAGUGAUGGAGACGAAGCGCCGUUUAAUGAAACGGGCUACGACUCUGAUAUUCGAAUAAAAGAUUAUUUUGAUUCGAUUAUGCCGGAAGGAAUAUACAAGGUAUUGCAAUGGAUAACCAAAGAAUACGGACACCAUGAAAUAUUGUUAACCGAAAUAGGAACGUCUGAUCUUGGUACUGAUCUAAACGACAUUGAUAGGGAGGACUAUUUUGCCGACUACAUCUGUCAAAUUCGUGAAGCAAUGGACGAUGGGAUAAAUAUUGUAGGAUUAUUAUUUUGGAGUUUUAUCGAUAAUUUAGAAUGGAUCUACGGUUACGGAAUCCGUUAUGGGCUUUACUAUAUUGACUUCAAAGAUCCAAAUCUAGUCAGACAACCGAAAAAAUCAGUCCAAUUCAUUCACGACUUAAUUGAAACGAGACACUUACAUUGUGAGCGGCCCAGGAGAAUUUGGCCUCGAGAACAAUUGCGAGCAACAAUUCCCCGUACGAAUGUGAUUCCAACAAGCAAUGAUCAUUUGAAGCCAAUUGGAUUUGUUGAGGACCAAACACCCUUAAAAAUUUAUGACACCGCACCAAUAAUGGAUUAUGGAAAUGCAGAGGAAUUAUUAGAAUCUGAUGAUCAUUAUUUAGCUUUCUAUGAUUGAUGAAUGAUGAAAAAUAUAACAAUUUAUUUAAUUUUAAAUAAUAAUUAAAUUAUUCUUCAUUCAAUUGUAAAAAAACAGUAUAGAUAUUUAUAUAAAAAAAAUAAAAAAAAGUAAAUUGAUCCUUUU